AUGAAAUUCACACUCCUUUUGGCUGGUCUGUCUCUUGUGGCAGCCGCCCCUGCUGACGCUGAUGCCUCUGCUUACUCCAAUGUUCUGAACAUCAUCAACAAGCACCAGGGCCACCACGCCAAGCGUGACCUGGCCGACUCCGCAAAGGACCGAUACCUCGUCUUCUUCAAGAACGGCACCUCCAUCCAGUCCAUCAACGGUCACAUCCAGGACCUUGACUCCAAGGUCUCUCCCGAGGUCGGAGCCAUGGCUGGCACCAACGGCUUUGCCGCUACCAGUAGCAACCAGGGAAUCCAGGGCGCCUUUGACGUCGACGCGUUCACUGAUGGUAAGGGAUUCACCGGUUACUUUGGAUCUUUCAACUCCUCCGUGCUGGACUCCAUUCGAAGCUCCCCUGAUGUCGCUUCCGUCGAGAAGGAUGUGCUCAUCUCCCUCGGCAAGCACGCCGCUCAGCCCGUCAACCUGACCGAGCUCCACAAGCGAGACUUCCAGUCCACCACUGUCGCUCAGUGGGGUCUGAGCCGAAUCUCGCACCUCAACAACAACGUCCAGGGCGUCAACCCCGACAAGCCCUCCACCGUCCGAGUGCCCUACAACCGAGAGUCCUCCAAGUACGACACCACCGUCUACGUCGUCGACACCGGAACCUACGUCCAACACCAAGACUUUGGCGGACGAGCUCGAUGGGGAGCCAACUUUGUCCAGGGCGAGCCCAUGCAGGACCUCAACGGCCAUGGUACUCACGUUUCCGGCACUGUGGCUGGUUCCACUGUCGGAGUCUCCGGAGAGAAGACCUCCAUUGUCGCUGUCAAGGUUCUCAACCAGAAGGGCCAGGGAUAUGCCUCCACCAUCAUUCAGGGUAUGAACUGGGUUCUCUCUGACUACCAGAAGGCCGGCCAGCCCCGAUCCGUCAUCAACUUCUCCGGAGGUGGUGCUUCCUCUCCCGGUCUUGACCAGGUUUUCCAGCAGGCCGUUCAGCAAUACGGUAUCCCCACCGUUGUUGCUGCCGGUAACAACGGCCAGGAUGCCUGCAACGAAUCUCCCGCCCGAGCCUCAAAGGGUAUCCCCGGUCUCAUCACCGUUGGAGCCACCGACCACCUCGACAACAUUGCCGUUGAGCAGGACUGGUCUUCUGCCAAGGGACAGUGUGUCGAGAUGUUUGCUCCUGGUGUCACCAUUCUGUCUCUAUGGAUUACUAACGACGAUGCUGCUGCCACCAUGGGCGGAACCUCCAUGGCUGCUCCCCACGUGUCUGGUGCCAUUGCCUACUUCCAGUCUAUUGCUGAUGGCGUUGUCCCCGCUGCUGUGCUGGAGUCUUGGGUUAAGGAUGCCUCUACUGGCAAGGUUAAGGGAGACCUUGGUGGAGCUGCCAACAACUUCCUGUGGAACCGAGCAUCUUUCUAG